GGAAAGGCGGGUGCAGCACAGAGAAGGGACAGACGGGGAGAGAAGUCCGGGGAGCCGGGAGCAGAGAAGGGAGAAAGUUUGUGGAAGAGCCACUCCUGUGCAUUCCUGUGACUCAGUCAGAAGUGUUGAUGCUGUGGGGAGUGGGCAAAGCGAUGGGCAUGAGCGCCUGAUGCCAGUGCAACAACCGUGCGGCCAGUGAACACUAACAGGAGUAGCAAGUAUCGUCCCAUGGACAGGAGCGGCUCUAAGAAGACUUUUCUAUCCUUAGAGAACUUUAGAAGCAGGAAGUGAGAGCCGGAGCAUGUGUCCCCUUAAGCGUGUCAGUGUGAGGAGGAGGAGGAACUGAUUGUUGCUGCUGCUGCUGAGUGACAGGAUGGAGGGGACGCAACUGCCCCCGGUGCCCCUGACUCUGGACUCCCUGCUGGACCUGAUGCUGUGCGUGUCCAACGAGCUCGCCUCUUCCCCGCUCGCCCACGAGACCAACAUCGCCGACUUCCUCAGCUGGGCUGACCCUGUGGCCCAGUAUAUACGAGAGCAGAGAAUGAAAAGAAGUGACUUUGACAUCCUUAAAGUGAUUGGAAGAGGAGCAUUCAGUGAGGUUGCAGUUGUGAGAAAGAAAAGCAAUUCCCACGUUUAUGCCAUGAAGAUAAUGAAUAAGUGGGACCUUCUGAAGAGAUCAGAUGUGGCCUGUUACAGGCAGGAGAGAGACGUUUUAGUAAAUGGGGACAAGAGAUGGAUAACUCGGUUACACUUUGCAUUUCAGGAUGACAAUUAUCUAUACCUUAUAAUGGAUUAUUAUGUGGGUGGUGACCUACUCUCCCUUCUAAGUAAAUUCUCCGAUGGAUUUCCCACUCAUAUGGCAGUAUUCUACCUGGCAGAAAUGGUUAUGGCUAUCAGUUCAGUUCACGCUCUAGGCUUUGUGCACAGGGACAUUAAGCCAGACAAUAUGCUGCUAAAUCGUGCUGGUCACAUACGUCUUGGAGAUUUUGGCUCCUGCUUGAAACUACGGGAAGAUGGCACAGUCUCCUCCUCCACUGCAGUGGGGACUCCUGAUUAUCUUUCUCCUGAAAUACUUCUUGCUGUCGAAGACCCAACCUUGUGUUAUGGAGUUGAAUGUGACUGGUGGUCCCUUGGAGUCUGUGCUUACGAGAUGUAUUUUGGUUAUACUCCCUUCUAUGCUGAUUCAGUAGUAGAAACUUUUGGAAAAAUAAUUCACUUUAAAGAGCACUUUAGAUUCCCCCCCUCAUCCAGCGAGGUUCCCUCUGAGGCAUUAAGCUUUAUCUCAUCUCUCAUCUGUGAGCGAGAAACCCGCUUGGGAAAAGGUGGGCUUCAGGAUUUCCAGAUACACCCACUAUUUGCUGACAUUGAAUGGGAGAGAUUGCGAGACAAUAUCCCCCCAUAUGUACCUGAGUCAGAGGGAGCCACAGAUACCUCAAAUUUUGAUGUGGUUGAAGAUCAGCUUUCAGAGAUGGUCAGUGGCGGAGGUGAGACAAUAUCUGAUGUUGGAGACAGCUCUCCUCUUGGAGUUAAUCUGCCUUUUGUUGGCUAUUCCUAUACAGUGAGAGAGGAUGACAGGGAACAUGUUUGGGGAAACUUGAAGAAUGAGUGUGAUUGCAAAAGGGCAUUAAUACCCAGCCCCGAAAAUAAAACAAAUGGAGACACCUUGGUUCCACAUUUUGAAUCCUUGUUGCCGCCAGAUCAACAAAAUGAUCUAGAGAGUGAGCUACAAACUCAAGAAUCCUUAAGUACAGAAAUCAGCCUCUUGAAAUCAACCAAUCAGCGCCUAGCUAGUCAAUUAAAUGAAGCUGAUCUGUUAAACUCUGAGCUACAGAGCAAGAUCCGAACACUGGAGGAGAAACUGAAAGAGAAGGAGAAAGGGGAGGAACAAAGUAGAGAAGAAGUGUUUCUCCCCCGGAGAUGGGAAAUCUGCAAUCAGAAAUUUGAAACUACCUCUAGGAAUAGACAACUAGAUAGCUGUAUACCUUCCUAUUGUCACCCUUUAGUGACACCAGUUCACCGCCACAUGCUGCUCUUCUCACGGAUACCUAAACCUCUUGCCACCUGGGUGGGUUAUGUCCUGUUGUGUUCCAGUGACACUUCUUGGCCAUCCUAUCUCCUGUGUCAGACACAUCCCACGUAGAGGUCAGCUUUGAUCUAGAUGAGCGUCAGUUCCUGAAGCAUGUCACACUGAGAAAGGAAACAAAAGUCUGCGUAAAGUGAUGUUCUUCUAUUCUGUACGGUCUUUUCUCCUAGUUCAAUUCUAUAUAUUUGCAUAAACUUCAGUGGAGUUUUCACAUGCUAAAACCAAAGUUUUUAAAACUGGCGCAGAGCUGGAUAGUGUUUUUAUCUUGUCUGAUCCAAACACAGCAUGCAGCAUUUCUUUCCAACAAGCCUGUCGUGUCAAAUAGCAAAUAUUUUUAUGUAGUUUACGCAUUCGAUUUUUAUUUCAGUAUAAUUAUAUUCAGUAACGGAACUGAUGCGCCCUGGUGCGAUCUGCCGGGGGGGCCCUGCGGGGGUGCGGGCCCUGGUCCAGUUGCACCCUCUGCUCCCCCGGUAGUUACGCCACUGAUUAUAUUUUGACCUGUGCAACUACAUCUGACUUAUAGGUCAGCUACCUAUUGAAUCCACAUCCAACAUGGCUAGUUAGCAAUUCAUUUAGAUACAUGCUGCAUGGCUGCACAAAUUAAUUGCUAACUAGCCAUGCAGCAUGCGGAUUCAAUAUGCAGCUGGUAUUAAAGGGGUGAUGUGACAGCCCUACUUGAUAGAUGCAAUCUAUUGCUUUAACAGUAUGCAGUUAGUUCUAGGUACACUAGAUAGAAGCCAGAGGAUUGUUUAUAUUGAAAUUGGUGAUUCUAAGACUGAUGCCACAAAAGGCUAAUCUCUGCCUUUUUUCUUGCCUGCAUCCGCAACAAUUACAUCAACUCGAGUGCAAAGCUGGCUCUGAAAUGCAAACUCUAGUGUUGCGGUGCCAAAAUCCACUGCGGGUGCCUGCACCCAGUCCGACUUAAAGGUUCCAGGUGCAAGCAAGGAAGGCUGAUGCUAGCGUAGGGGCUGAUCCAUGGCCUGCGAUUUUCAGCUGGUCAAGUUUCAGCCCUAUGAGGCAUUAGCCUAAAGCAAAACUAUUAUUAAUUGUUCUAAAAAAAAGUCUAAUAUGUAACUUUUGUCACAGCAUGUUGUUAUCCAGUAUUGUACUUUUAUAGUACUUUGUGCAAAGUGCAGUAUUUGUACACAGGAUCCAGUGAUUGCCUUAGGCCAAUGUCACUUUUAGGGGGUAUAUUUCAGCCAACUCAGAAAUACCUGUUCCCACCUCCCCUGAUGUCAAUAUAAAAUGCACCAAUGGUGUUAUCCCAAAAGUGCUUUGCCUCUUAAAGUGGACCUGUCACCCAGACACAAAAAUCUGUAUAAUAAAAAUCCUUUUCAAUUCAAACAUGAAAUCCAAUUUCUAUUUUUUAUUAAAGCAU